AUGACGCUGCUGCAUCGCAUCCGGUCGUCGCCGAGCUACCUGUUUAUAAAGUGUUAUUUGAUAUGUACGCUCGUGACGCUAUUUGCUGCGCGGCCGCUGUCUUCGCGGCUGAAUGCGAAUGGCCCAUGGACGUGGUAUGAGUCGACCGAAGGUGGCCAUGGCCUGUCGUCGUGGGGGCGUAUGCAGGCGCUGCUGGCGAGUGCGACGCGGCGCGAAAGCCGCGCAUCUACGUCGACGUCGCAGGCGGCGUCCGCGACGGACCGCCCCUCGGUCACAGGCGCGCCACCGGCCGCCCAAGCGACGGGCCUGGGCUUUUGGUGGCAGGAGCGGCGCUUUCCGUUCCUGUUCCCGCCCCCGCAGAUCCCGCUGAGUUUGGCGCCGCCGGUGCGUCUGCCAAGAAUCCCACUGUUCGAGCGGUGGCGGCUGCGGUGGCACGACAUGUCGCACUUGCGCCGCCUGGUCGCGUACGACGACCAGGACACAGAGACGUUCCCGGAGCUCGAGUGGGAUGCGCGUGUGCGUUGCUCCAGUGAGCUGCACGAUGAAGAGAAGGCCGCGAUCUACCAGCGGCGCAUCCACAUGUCGUCGCACGGCGCCAAUACGCUCGCGCAGUUUCUCCAGCUCCCCAACGACGAGUACGUGCACCCCGACGAUGUGCCGCUGAUCGCGAUUGGCGGCUCCGGUGGCGGCUACCGCGCCAUGUACGGCUACACGGGCUUCCUGAAGGAGGCGGAAAACACGGGCCUGUGGCAGUGCACGAUGUGGACGUCGGCGGUCAGUGGCUCCUGCUGGACGCUGGCGGCGUACUACACGAUCGCCAAGUGCUCGACGGAUGUGCUCGUGGCGCAUCUGCUCGCGAUGGCCCAUGAGGAGGCGCAUCCCAUGAGUCUGCAGGCCAUGGACCGCAUUGCACGCUCAUCACACGGCAUCUACUACCUGCUGGGGCCGCUGCUGCGCAAGUCGCGGAACAAGUCGAUGCAGUGCCGCAUCAUGGACUUUUAUGCGACACUCGUCCUGUCGUACCAGUUUCUGCCGCGGCCGCUCUCCCUGUUCGGCACGGACUACUCCUACAACGGGCCGAGCUCGGACCGCGAGCCGAGUCUGCAGGAGCACAGCAUGUGGACCAAGUACGAGCCGAGCGAAGGCCUCAGCCGCAAGUCGUUCCAGUGGUCCAAGGUGUGGAAGCGCACGCACAUCGACGAAGGACUGCAGCCCAUCCCCAUCAUGACGGGCGUGCGGCGCGUGUGGCGCCCACACAGCAAGGCCGAAGUCGCCGUCGUGGAGCAGGCACCAGGCGUCGAGCGCGCGCCACUCGUGGGCAGUGGCUACGACUGGUACGAAAUCUCGCCCCUCGAGUUGGGAUGCCGCAACAUUGGUGCGUGGAUCCCGACGUGGGCGUACGGCCGCGCAUUUGAGAACGGCGUGUCGACGCACCGCGCCCCGGAGGAAAUGCUGGCGUCGAUCGUCGGGCAGUGCACGGGCGCUCCCGCCGGCCCGCUGACAGCGUACAUUUCCACGAUGCUGGCAUCGAUUCCGCAGGGCACGGUCAUGUCGACGCUGCUCAAGUGGGUCAACGACUUUGUCAUGAUGAAGCAGUGGGAGAAGCGGUGGGGCAACCCGAUCCGCGCCGCCGAUGAGCCCAAUCCGUUUUAUGGCCGUGGCAUGGACGAUGUCGUCGUGGACAUGCGCGAGGCCGAUGUGACACCGCCGCCCAAGGCCGUCACAAAGCCGCCAGAGGCGGAGCCAGCCCCUGCCGACGCGCCGUCCCAGGAAGGCGCGCACUUUCUGCCAUGGGACGGACGGCAGACGAGCGAGCAGAUCAAUGCCUUUUUUGCGCGGUUCCCGGCCGUCGAGCUGCGCCCGCGCCGUGGCAGCGAUGCAUCGGCGUCCACAUCGCUCUACGAGCACGACCCCGAGACGUUUAUGGCACCGAUCGAGGAUCUGGAGGCACAGGCGCCCACGGAGCCGCCGCGACCCAGGCAGUGGCGCUGGGAGCACACGCGCCGUCUGCGGCUCAUGGACAGUGGCCUGUCGAACAACUUGCCGAAUCAUGUGCUGGCCCGCGACGAGCGGCAGGCCGAUGUGAUCAUCUCGUUUGAUGCGUCGUCGGACGUCAAGACCGGCGCGGCGGUGGAGCGCAUCCACGAGUUUGGGCGUGAGUGCGGCAUCCAUAUCCAAAAGCGCCCUCCUAAAGAAGGUGAAGAGCCUCCUGCACCCUCGCCCACCUCAGAACACGACGCAGAUACCGCGUCCAUGUCGCCGUCCGACAUGGAACGGCAAUGGCAGAGCGAGGCGGAUCACAUCCGUCGGGCGUAUGAGCCGCUGUACGCACAGCGCUUCGACGGAUGGCGCCUGCGGAAAGACAAGUCGACGGAUCGUGCGCCGGACGUGCACUUUGUCUACUGCCCCCUUUUGCCGAAUGCCGCUCAGCCCGGCUUUGAUCCGACGACCGCACACUACAGCACCUCGUACAAUUUGAUUUGGACAGCCGACCAGGUUCGCGCGCUCCUGCGCACAGCGAUGGCCAAUGUCGAGGAGGGUAGUCGUGCCGUCGGCGUGAUUCGCGAGGCCGUGCGCGAGGCCUACGAGUCGCGCAAAAAGACCCGUCUCGAGCGCGAAGCACAAUCGGCCUCGAGACGCAUGGCGCGAGCUGAAGCCUCCAAAGAGGCGCACGGCGCGCAGGAUCCUGCCAACGCGUCUCAGCAUGCCAUGUCGGCGGCGACGGAUGCCCAAGUCCAGGGCGCUGCGCCCUCCCUGCCUAUCGACGGCCCUGGAAUGCUGGCGCCGCCGGUCGCUGGAUAG